GGAUAUCGGUAGCAAAGCGACUGAUGUGUGCUAUUGCAAGAUCUAUAACGGAUCUCCACGUUUAGGAUACAAACCACAACGCUUUGGACGUGUCUUUAAAAAAGAGAAAAAUCAGAGACUUUUGGACUUGUCUGGGGACAUUUUAAACAUUUUGUGUCAGCUUGGAUUUUACACAUUUCGGAUACUGAAGAUCCAUGUUUGAACUGUACACAGAGCUUGUCGCUUUUUUAAAAUCACUGGGGUAAGUGGCGCGUUAUAAAUUGUUUUGCUGUUGUUUUAAACUUAUGUUCUAAAUACCUGUUGGUUUAUAUGUUUUCAUCGUUUAUAUAAUCCGUUUUAUAUUCAUUUGUAGAGUUUUUUCGAUGUUUUAAAUAUUUUGUUUGUUUUGAUAUCUUUGUUUUUAUACUCGUUAUAUUUUUGGUUUAGUUUUAUUGUGUUUACAUUGUUUGAUUAUUUGAAAAUUUUGGUUUACACUGUGAUUCUGAAUAUUGUGAUAAAAAACAAGUAAUAUGGCCCAAAAACGUUAUUCCGACUCUGGUUCUGACCAGGCGAAUAAAAUUAUAAGGCGCGAUGAAUCCGCGGCCGAUCAAUCUGAUAUCAUAUUGGGUAUGCAAAUGCUAACAGAAACUGUCGGGGCUAUGAAUAGAGAUCACGCUAUUACAGACGGUUACGCUGAUUUAAUAAAUACGGUGCGUUCCCUUUCACAUGCCCCGCCAGAGCCGAGUAUGGCCUUAGAUCCUGAUGUUUUAAACAUGCAUCAGGUUUUUGAGAUUCCAGAAGCUGGUUUUAUAAAUCAGCAGAUUGAACCUGGAACUUCAGAUACUGGUUUCAUCAAUAAUCAAAAUGAACCAGAGGUUCCAGAGGAUAAUUUAAACGACCAUCAGGUUCUCGAUGGGGCAGGCGAGAAUGUAGAUGUUCAACAGGUUGGUGAAGGGUCGGACGACCCCCAUCAUAAUUCUGAAAUGGCUGAUAUGGGUCUAACGCCCAACGAUGUUGAGAGACUUGUAAGAGACAUGUAUUAUUGUCACAGAGUGACUAUGCGGGGCGGAACCAAAAGGAGAGUGAAGAGGUUCCGCCCGACCGGUUUGUACAGACACCGGCACUUCUGGGUUCCCCGGGAAUCCCCGCAAUCGCUGAAACAAGGCACAGCUGUGUGA